CACCCUUCAAGGGUUUUUGAUACUUUUUUUUUUCUUCAAAAAAUCCUUAAUCAGAUAAAACGAUUUUGCUGAUAUCGCGUUUGAUUGUGUGUUUGCUGGAGACAGAAGACAACAAAGUCAGUAUUGAUGGAUAACACUGAGUAUGGCAUCGUCUACGCCGUCCACAUUAUCACUGUCCAAUUCGGAUCCGUCGUAUCGAAAGUUUGUGAAUGUCUUCUCCGUAGAGGACCUCUUUCCUCGAGAGACAUCUCUCGUCUAGCAGAAUCUGAAAUCAGUCAUAACCAAGUCAAGGAUAUUUUGUACCUCUUGAUUCAGCACAAUUGCGUUCAAGCGUUCUCUAUUGAGCCGCCUGAUGGUUCCGAGAGCAAAGCAGUAGUACAGUACCUUGUCCUGUUUAACAACAUUCUUCACCGUGUGAGGUAUAACAAGUUUUCGAGGGUUGUAAACGAAGAACUUGGGCGUGAGUGCGGUAUAGUUCUUGAUGGUUUACUAAGUAACGGUAGGCUUACCUUAGGACAGCUGAUAGAAAGAGACCGAGAUUCAGAAAAGAUAGGUGAAAUUGUGAUCAGAGGUUCUCUUCAGAAACUGGUUGCUGCCCAUUUUGUUGAGCGCAUUCCUUCUCCCGAACCUGUUCUUGGAAACAAAGAACAAGAGCCAGCAAAGAAAAAAGGCUCCAAGGCUGCCAAGAUUCUUAAAGAACCUGAAACCUUAGAGGAACGUGUUCUUGAAGCAGCAAUUCCAGUUGAAGCAAUAAGGUUUCCACAUGUAUUUGUACAAGAUUCAAAUUCAUCUAUAGCAGAUAACGAUAGCAACGCAGAUAACGAUAGCAACGCAGAUAACGAUAGCAACAUCACUGAGGGGAAGCGUAAAGAACGUGAUGUGGACUUGUCAGAUCCGAGCAAUGAAGUAAUUUGGCGUCCUAAUUUUGAGGAGUUCAUUCGCCGCCUUAGACAUAAGGCGUGUGUGGAGAUAGUGAAAGAGCGCAGGGAUGAAGGAUGUGCCAUUGUCUUGAGGGCAAUGUUAGAAGUAGGAAGAUCGCAGGAGAAGAAGGUGAAAACAGACAAGUCGGUUCCAAUGUCAGUUGGUUCCAUUUAUGAAGAGGUUAUAACGACAAUACCAGGUCGCACUAUGUUACAAGAGCGAGUUGAAGCAUGCCUUGACCAAUUGAGUGCAACAUCUUCAUAUCUACCUGCGUUUGUGAUAGAAGUGGAUGGUUCAUACAUAGUUGACUUUAAAGCAAUUAUCAGCAUAGCACAGAAAGACGAGAUUGAAGCAGUAGUUAUGAGAAGAUAUGGGAAAGAAGCUUUCAGAAUGUUCAGAUACUUGACAAUGGAAGGGCGUUUUGUUGAGACCGAUAGGAUUGCUGAUGCCGCGCUGACUGAAAAGAAAGACACGCCUCAAAUCCUUUUGAAGAUGUGGCAAGAUGGUUACUUACAUAUGCAGAAAUUUGCGGUUACGGGUGGUACUGGAUAUACACCGCCGUUCUUAUUGUGGAAGGUAAACAAGUUGAUUGUGACGAGGCAAAUGUUAGAUGAGAUGUAUCAUGCUUCUUUAAACUUGAGUCUCAGGUUGACCCAUGAGCUAGAAUCCGAGAAAGAGUUGUUGUUGUUGUCAAAUAAGAAGGACGUAGUGCUGGAAGGAGCAUACGAGGAGAGACUAAUUAAGAUUAAAGCCAAGAGAUUGUUGCUCUCUUCCACUAGGUUUAGACUCGAUGAUGCACUGAUGCUUUUUGCUAACUUCUAAUCUCCAAUUUCAAAACCCAUUUCUCGUUUUUUCUUCAUUCUUUCAUGGUCGAUUUUAGUUUUGUUUGUCCUACCUAUACUAUAAGUGGACAAUUUUUCUUUUCUUUUCUGUGACAUAAUCAUUAGUAACACUUGGUAAUGAUAUUUAUUCAAGAGUGUUUUAAGAUUUGUUACA